CAACAAAGUGGGAGAUAGAAGAGGGGGAGCAUUUUAGGGGGGUGUAACUCGUAGGUUGCGGGAUCGUAUUACAAGACUUUCAGACUUUUCAUGGCAAGAGUUUUUUCUCUCCUCUUUUGGUGUGGGGGAUGGUGAUUUUUAUGCCUUUGCUCCAUUCGAUUUGUGUGAUUCAUCCGUAGAAACUAAGGACUAAAUCUGGAUCUUGCCCGAAGCGUAAAGUAGGCAAAGGAUUUUGGUGUAAGUUUUGAGGAACUUUGAUGCCGCGCACAAUGAGGGAUAGAACACUGGAGCGUCGAGAAGUUCAACAUAAGAAACUUUCGGGUCGCGCUAUAAUAGUCUAUUGCCUCAAAAAUGACAUUUCGGAAGUGUUUUGAUCAACUGAUUUUCCUCACGACGACUUUGCACCGGUAAAUGUUUUUGUAACUUUUGUUGGACCUUUCCCCUUUCUUUUGGUUUAAUCCGCGUGGAUAUAAUAUUACACAGUUGUAUCGUCCAAGAUGUCUUCCCGAGGUUUUCACUCCAUUGUUGGGGGAUUUGGGAUGCUCUGUGUUUGGGCUGCCUCCUUGCUGGUCACUCAUGCCUCCACGGCUUUUCUGAACGAAUCGAUUCUGAACGAUAAUUGCAAGAAGACAACGACAUGCGAAGUUCUAAAAUACAAUUCAUGUCUUGGCACACCUUUGCCUUACACCCACACAUCGCUUCUCUUGGCCGAGGACUCGAGUUCCCAAGAAGACGUUUUGGAAAAGUUGGCCAUGUGGUCUGGUUUGCGCAACGCCCCACGAUGCUGGGCUGUCAUUCAGCCGCUGUUGUGCGCCGUGUACAUGCCCAAAUGCGACAAUGGAAAGGUGGAGCUGCCCAGUCAGAUGCUGUGCCAGACUACCCGCAAGCCAUGCAGCAUCGUGGAUAAGGAGAGGGGGUGGCCUAGCUUCCUCAAGUGUGACCACGCAGAGAAUUACCCCAAGGGAUGCGAGAACUCCCUACAGAAAGUCAAGUUCAACACAUCAGGGCGAUGCGAGGCUCCCCUGGUGAAAACAGACAACCCCGCUAGCUGGUACAAAGACGUGGAGGGCUGUGGCAUCCAGUGCGAUAACCCCCUCUUCACCGAGGAGGAGCACUCGGACAUGCACACCUACAUCGCCCUCUUCGGAUCCAUCACACUACUCUGCACCUUCUUCACGCUGGCCACGUUCCUGGCGGAUUGGAAGAACUCUAACCGCUACCCGGCCGUCAUCCUCUUCUACAUCAACGCCUGCUUCUUCGUGGGGAGCAUCGGCUGGUUGGCCCAGUUCAUGGACGGUGCGCGCAAGGAGAUUGUCUGCAAGAGCGACAACACCAUGCGCCUGGGAGAGCCGUCCUCCACAGAGACACUGUCCUGUGUCAUCGUCUUCGUCAUCGUGUACUACUCGCUCAUGUCGGGGGUCAUCUGGUUCGUGAUGCUGACGUACGCCUGGCACACGUCCUUCAAAGCCCUGGGCACCACCCACCAGCCGCUCUUGGGCAAGACCUCCUACUUCCACCUGGUCACAUGGUCCAUCCCCUUCAUCCUCACGGUGGCCAUAUUGGCCAUUGCAGAGGUUGAUGGAGAUUCGGUCAGUGGGAUCUGUUUUGUUGGCUAUAAGAACUACCGUUACCGCGCUGGCUUUGUGCUGGCUCCCAUUGGCCUGGUGCUGGUGAUAGGAGGCUACUUCCUCAUCCGAGGGGUUAUGACAUUGUUUUCUAUAAAGAGCAACCACCCUGGACUCCUGAGCGAGAAGGCAGCUAGCAAAAUCAACGAGACCAUGCUGCGACUGGGCAUUUUUGGAUUCCUAGCUUUCGGCUUUGUUUUUAUCACGUUUGGCUGCCAUUUUUACGACUUCUUCAAUCAAGCCGAAUGGGAGAGGAGCUUCAAGGAAUUUGUCUUAUGUGAAGCCAAUGUGACAAUAGCUCAUGAAACCAACACGCAAGUGCCGGAGUGCGUGAUCAAGAACAGACCCAGCCUCCUAGUGGAGAAGAUCAACCUGUUCGCCAUGUUCGGCACCGGCAUCGCCAUGAGUACCUGGGUCUGGACCAAGGCCACCAUACUCAUAUGGAAACGCACCUGGUUCAAGGUCACUGGAAGGAGUGAUGACGAGCCCAAGAGACUGAAGAAGAGCAAGAUGAUAGCCAAGGCCUUCUCCAAACGCAAGGAGCUCAACAAGGAACCUGAGAAAGAGCUGUCAUUCAGCAUGCACACUGUAUCCCACGAGGGGCCAGUCGCUGGAAUUAAUUUUGACCUCAAUGAAGAUUCCAUGGAGAUGUCAUCUGCGUGGGCGCACCAAGUGACCAAGAUGGUGACCCGGAGAGCCGCCAUCUUGCCUCAAGACAUUUCUGUUACCCCUACCGGCACGCCAAUUCCUCCCAUGGACGAACGCAACAAGCUGUGGAUGGUGGAGGCCCAGAUCUCCCCCGAGAUGAUGAAGAGGAAGAAGAAAAAGAAGAAAAGGAAGAAGGAGGUGCGGCCGGCCAAAGUGGACGAGGAGGAGCACAGCGUGGCCCUGCCCCCGGGUGCUGCUUCGUACCGGCGGCGGGAGUUCGGCCCCAGCGCCGUGCCUCGUCUGCCCAAGCUGCCCGGACACCGCUUCCUGGUCGCCAGCCUAUGGGAACAGCAACAGAGGGAGGAGGAGAACGUUCUGCCCGGGUCUUUCCCUGAGCCCAGACCCUCAUGCCCCCUGCCGUGUCCGGAGCGCUACGGGAACGCCAUUAGCGCCGGCAACGGCUUGUCAUGCGGUGAUCGAUAUGGAAAUGCCAUGAGCGGUGGUCUACCAUGCACUGAUCGCUGUGGUAAUGCUGUGGGAAGCAAUGGGCUGUCAUGCACUGAUCGCUAUGGAAAUGCUGGUGGCAGCAAUGGGCUACCAUGUAGCGAUCGCUAUGGCAAUGCUGGUGGAAGCAAUGGGCUACCAUGUACAGAUCGCUAUGGCAACACUGGUAGAAAUAAUGGUCUACCAUGCACCGAUCGCUAUGGUAACACCAGCACUGUUGGUGGGGGCAGCAAUGGCCUACCGUGCACUGAUCGCUACAGUGUCAGUGGCGGUGUUAGCAACAGUGGAUAUUUGCCCCCCGCGUCAUCCAGCCAGCAACGCUACAGCCAGGGAGGAGGAGGA